AAAAAUUCCAUCCUUUCUCCAUAUCCACAAAUCCUCUCCUGUCUCUCUGUCACAUACACAUACACAUACACAAUAGUAAUUUUGCCAUUGUUGAAAUAGAAAGAAACAAAAAAGAAAAAUAAAUGGUUGUGAAAUGUUUAAGGGGAUAGAAGAUAGUAGUAGGGAGAAGAGGAGAGGAUGAGUUUGUCAUGCAGUCCAUGGCCAGUCGCUUUACUACCCAUUAUCCUUCUUCUCCUUCUUCUUCUUACGUUCAUAGUUGUCAAGUUAAGCAUUCAACAACACCUGCUGUUCUCCUUUCUUCUUUUAGUAACAGAAAACCCCCUUACAACACCCUUGUCUUUCAGGCUGUUAGGCUCUUGGGUCCGCCAGCAAGAUUUGAAGCUUCAAAGCUGGAAGUCCUGUUAAAAGGGGAAGAAGUUGAUACAUACUCUAGUAUUGUUCCAAGGACGUAUACUCUAUCCCAUUGUGAUUUUACUGCUAAUCUCACAUUAACCAUCUCAAAUAAUAUCCAAUACGAUCAGUUGAAAGGGUGGUAUAAUAAGGAUGACGUGGUUGCUGAAUGGACAGAAGUGAAAGGCAAUUCGUUUCUUGAUGUCCACUGUUAUGUGAGUGGACCGAAUCCUCUACAAGAGCUGGCUGCCGAGUUCAGAUACCAUAUAUUCUCCAAGGAAUUGCCACUGGUCCUUGAGGCUGUGCUCUAUGGGGAUUCAAAUUUUUUCAAGGAGCAUAACGAACUAAUGAAUGCAAUCGUUCGAGUCUAUUUCCACUCAAGCUCAAAGAAGUACAACCGUGUAGAAUGCUGGGGUCCUCUAAAAGAUGCAGCUAAGGGAAGACAAGGGGAUAGUAUCAAUGGCCUGUUAUCGACAAGCAAGGGAGAUUUUCACCCUCCGAAAAUCCAGGGAAGUGCAAAAUCAAUCUUCCAAGCUCUUUUCACCUUCCUUCUCUAAUCUAAUACACUAAGGUGAGAGGCUAAAGAGUUCAUGGAUUUUGGAGGCUUCAAGUUGGGCUACCUAAUAAGUCUUACCUUUUGCAGUUGGAAGGAUCUCUCUUGAAACACAUUUUAGAGUCAUGGGAUCCUACAUUUCGUUGACUUGUAAAGACGAGAAUUGUUUGCAAGGUCAUUAGAUUCUUUGUAUGUAUGUAAUUGCAUUCUUUCGAAUGAGCUCUUGACUGACAAUUCUUGUAAAAACCAAAGACUAUUUUCCCUUUCAUAUGAUCAAUCAGUAAUUGUUCCA